CUAACACAGAUCAGUUGACUUGUUUGAAAUUUGAAAAUCAAGGCCCCAUGAUUCUGAAAACCAUUACACAUAUACUUAAAUUUACUCACCUGAAUUACAUUAAGCACAUGUGGUUGCAUAAAUAGGGCCUAAAUGAGAAAGUAAAACAGAUACCUGGCAUCUAUUUUGGUGUACGAAAAAUCUCCGUGAACUUCUAGUUUCAUAAUAAAGAAUUACGUGUAACCACACAGCAUAAUCUUUGUUUUUAUCUGCCUUUCUAACAUACACAUUCACACCAUUGGCCAUGUUCUUUAAAAGUGCUCAGGACCUAGCAACUCCCUCUGAAAAUCUGGCCACUUGAUUUUUAGAUGAAACUCCCUUUGGGGUUUAGAGAGCAUGGCCCCUGCAAAACUUGUACGGAGGCAGAGGAAGUACUGGCUCUUCCAGGGGAGUGGGGAGACUGACAGAGUGUGUCUGUAGUUCCAGACAAGGGGACCAACAGUGAGCAGGCCCCCACACAGUGAAGCAGCCAAGAACCAGCUUGAAGCCUGGGAGGGACAGCAGCCAACUGGGGACAUGCCAGGAGGAGCACUGUGCCAGGAAGGAACUACCCAAGAAGGACAAACUGGAGCUGGACCCAGUAUCACUGAGGGCCUAGUGACCUUCAGCAGAACAGGUCCUGGGUCUAACAAGUUCAGGAAACGCGUUUCCCGUGGAGUCCCAGCUGCCAUCGUAGCUGCAGUCACAGUUUUUAUGUUGGUCAUCAUCCUUACUCUAGUAGUACUUUUAGCAGUGGAAAAAUCCAAACCACCUCUGGCUGCUCCAGUCCCACCUGCUGUGCCCUGCUGCCCGGACGGCUGGAUUGGGUACCAAGGGAAAUGCUAUUAUUUCUCCGAGACUGAAGGGAACUGGAACAAUAGCCAGAGCCAUUGCUCUGCACUCAACGCCUCCCUGACUGGGAUUGAUGGUGACCAGGAAAAGCAUUUCCUGCUGGGCUUUAAGGGUUUCUUUGGCCGUUGGAUUGGCCUCCAGAGGGAGCCAGGCCAGCCCUGGAGAUGGCCCAAUGGCACCGAAUUCGACCAGCGAUUUCCCAUAAGUGGAGGAGGCGACUGUGCAUAUCUGAUUGAAGACAACGGGAUCAGCAGCUCGAGGUGUGGCACAGGGAGAUCCUGGAUCUGCAGCAAAUCUGAUGCCCAUACAAUGUGGAAGGGACAUGAUAUGGAAUCACAAGUUUGAGACUCAUAGGAACCAGACCUGGAAAAGCUUUAUUAGGGGUCACAUCUUCCACUAUCCAAAGAUGAAGAAAGAACCGGUCUCCUUCCUUAGACUCUCCCUGAGGAUUCCUUUGUUAUGACAUUUUCCCUUUUGCCCAAGAAGAAUCAAUCCUAAAGUGUAGGUCUGGAAGGGACCUUGGCAAGUUGUCCAAUCUCCUGCACUAAGGUAGGACUUUGUAUUAGGUAGGCCAUUCCUGGCAGGUGUUUGUCUAACUUGUUUUUAAAAGAAUCUAUUAAUGAUGGAGAUUCCACAAUCUCCCUAAGCAAUUUGUUCCAGUGCUUAACUACCCUGGCAAGUUGGAUGUUAAACCUCCCUUGCUGCAAUUUAAGCCCAUUGCUUCUGGUACUAUCAUCAGAAGUGAAGAAGAACAAUUUUUCACCCUCAUCCUUGUAAAAAACAUUUUAUGUACUUGAGAACUGUUAUGUCCCUCCUCAGUCUUUUCUCCAGACUAAACAAACCCAAUUUUUUCAAGUUUUCUAGACCCUUCAUCACUUUUGUUGCUUUUCUCUGGACUGUCUCCAAUUUGUCCACAUCUUUCCUGAAAUGUGGCACCCAGAACUGGACACACAACUCCAGUUGAGGCCGUAUCGGCGCAGAGUAGAGCGGAAGAAUGACUUCUUCUUUGAAGUCCAUUCCACAUUAGCUGUGUGUGCUUGCCACAUGCACCAGUGCUGGAAGCUUUUUCAGAGCAAUAUUUGUAGGGGAGUGGAUCUGCUGCCCUCUGGAGUGGCACCCGUAUGGCAUAGUAUAAGGGUCACUGCCAGCUCCCCCCACCCCCAGUUCCUUCUUGCUGUCUGUGACAGUGCAUGGAACAUUCACUGCUCUUACUAGCAUUGCUUAGACUUCUUGACUUCUUGUAAAGUUAGUGUACAUAGUUAGUAGUUGAGUGAGUUUUCGUUAGUCCCAUCGGGGACUUAGCCAGGGGAUGGGGCAUGCCCUGGUUCCCAGGCUUUAAGCCCUGCAAUCGCUGCAAACAGCCCAUGCCCACGAGCAAUCUGCAGAGUAGCUGUCUCAGGUGCCUCAGUGAAGGGCACGUAAGUGUCAAAUCUGCAAGUCCUUUAAACCUAGGACUUUGUGAGAUCAGACUCCAAGCACUCCUGAUGGAGUUGGUGCUCACUCCAGCCCCAGUGCUCCGGCUGCAGUAGCAACGGCUGGGAGCCCCGGGGCUCUGGCAGCAAUUUAAAGGGCCAGGGGCUCCACCCGCUGCCAGGAGCCCUGGGCCCAAGGGAAGCUGCCCCCUGCCAGUGCACUCAGCUGUGUACCGGCUCUUACCAGUUCACUUACCGGCUUACUUUCACCUCUGGCACCAGAGAAGCAGAAUGAGAGGGAAUAUCACUCAUUACGUAGUGUCAGGUUCAUUCCACUUUCAUGUGAAUUUUACAGUGAAAUUUUUACAGCCAAAUGUUUCAUGAAUCAGGUUCCUACCUCCAUUCAUAUAACACUUUUCAUGUGUGUGGCACUGAUAAAAUGUCCAGUAACUUGUUCAGAAAUUGUAUUGGAAUCCAAAAUCUCAAAGGAAGAGAAUUCACUGAGUCAGUGAAUAUAUGGCAUUGAGCUAGUCAUCCUAAACACCUAGUACUGUCACAGCGGCCACCAGCGUAAUGUUCCUAGCUUCUCCAAGCCAUAGAGCACCCCGAUGCCAACCUGGGCCCUGAGGAAGCCCCAGCCCCAGAGGUCGAUUGCAAAAAAAAGUUUGAGAAACACUGCUCUAAAGCUUUAGAGCAUUUUUUUUAACGUAACUGCACUCAAAAAUAAAACUACAUUUUUAAGUUUCACUUUUAAUAAGAGAUUGCACUACAGUACUUGUAUGAGGUGAAUUGAAAUAGUUACUUGUUUACAGUUCAAAUACUUGUAAUAAAAAAAUAAAGUCAACACUGUAUACUUGGUAUUCUGUGUUGUAAUUGAAAUCAAUAUAUUUGAAAAUGUAGAAGAAACGUAAAUAUUUUGGUUGAAUGGUAUUUUAUUGCUUAACUGUGCAAUUAAAACUGCAAUUGAGCGUGA